AUGUCCGACUCAGAGACCAGCAGCGUCUCCAACAUGUCCAUGCCACCCACAUCGCUCAACGGCUGCCUCGUCCGCGACUUUGGGUACCAGACAACAUCAGCACGCUAUCACGGCGACCACUCGCCCCAGAACAAUCCUGAUCACAUCAUCGACUACGACACGCCCGAGCACUACGAGCGCGCGAUGGAGAAUGCCAGGAAGAGCCAUGCCAUCUACAUGGGCCAGGUGCCCGAGAAGAAGGGAAUCAAGCGCGAAGGCUGGACGAGGUUCAUUCCCCGCAAGGACAUGCUUCCCAAGAAGGGAAAGUGGAUGCCCUGGUAG